GGAGCGGAGAGCGAGGCAGCAGGAGUGGAGCCGGGCUGCACCCGCUCCGCCUCCGGUGAGCGAAGCCCCGACGGCCGAGGGCUCCGAGGGCUACCCAGAUGGCGCCCCGCGAGGCGCACUGAGGCUGAGCAGGGGUCGCGGCGCCGCGGGCGGCACCAUGGCCCUGGAGCGGGCGCUGCAGGCAGCGCGGCAGGGCGAGCUGGACGCACUGAGGUCCCUGAAGGCCGCCGGCCUUCUGGAUCCCUCGCUGCGAGACCCGCUGGACGCGCUGCCCGUGCACCACGCCGCCCGCGCCGGCAAGCUGCACUGUCUACGCUUCCUAGUGGAGGACGCAGGGCUGCCCGCCACGGCCCGCGCGCGCAACGGCGCCACGCCGGCCCACGACGCGGCUGCCACUGGCCACCUCCCCUGCUUGCAGUGGCUGCUGUCCCAGGGCGGCUGCAGAGUGCAGGACAAAGACAAUUCUGGUGCCACAGUCCUGCACCUGGCUGCUCGCUUUGGCCACCCCGAGGUGGUGAACUGGCUGCUGCAUCAUGCCGAUGCGGAUCCCACCGUAACCACAGACACAGGCGCACUGCCUCUCCACUACGCCGCCGCCAAAGGAGACUUCCCCUCCCUGAGGCUACUCAUCGCAGACUACCCAAAGGGAGUGAAUGCCCAAACCAAGAACGGUGCCACGCCCCUGUACCUGGCGUGCCAGGAGGGCCACCUGGAGGUGACGCAGUACCUGGUGAAGGAGUGCGGCGCGGACCCGCACGCGCGCGCCCACGACGGCAUGACCCCGCUGCACGCCGCGGCGCAGAUGGGCCACAGCCCGGUCAUCGUGUGGCUGGUGAGCUGCACAGACGUGAGCUUGUCGGAGCAGGACAAAGACGGCGCCACGGCCAUGCACUUCGCGGCGAGCCGCGGCCACGCCAAAGUGCUCAGCUGGCUUCUGCUGCACGGCGGCGAGAUCUCGGCUGACCUGUGGGGCGGGACCCCGCUGCACGACGCCGCGGAGAACGGCGAGCUGGAGUGCUGCCAGAUCCUGGUAGUGAACGGCGCGGAGCUGGACGUCCGCGACCGAGAUGGGUAUACAGCCGCUGACCUGUCUGACUUCAACGGCCACAGCCACUGCACCCGCUACCUGCGCACCGUGGAGAACCUGAGCGUGGAGCACCGCGUGCUGUCCCGGGAUCCAUCCACAGAGCUAGAGGCCAAGCAGCCUGACUCGGGCAUGUCCUCACCCAACACCACCAUGUCUGUCCAGCGGCCGAACUUUGACCUCAGUUCGCCUACCAGCACCCUCUCGAACUACGACUCCUGCUCUUCCAGCCACUCUAGCCUCAAGGGCCAGCACCCUCUGUGUGGGCUUCCGGGUGCAAGGGCUGCAGACAUACAGAACUACAUGGACAUGCUGAACCCGGAGCUAGGCCUGCCUCCAAGCAAGACGGGGAAACCUACACACCCUCCACCGCCCCCCAGCUUCCCUCCACCACCUCCACCCCCAGGCAGUCAGCAGCCCCCACCCCCACCGGGCUACCCAGCUCCCAGGCCCCCCUCGGCGCUGCAGGCAGCUGACAUCUACGUGCAGACCAAGAGCAAGCUCCGCCAUGUGGAGACCGAGACCCUCAGAAAGGAGCCCUCCUCGCACGACGGCCACCACGGGCUGCGCAGGCAGGACUCCGGCCGUAAGCCGCGCGUCUUCAGCAAACAGCCCAGCACGGGGGACUACUACCGCCACUUGGGCCGCCGCCCAGCCGAGCCACCGGCCGUGCACCCGGGCAUGGCUCACAGUGAGGAGGUGCGCGCCCGCCCGCCAGCGCCCGCUGCCGCCGCCUCCACCCGCCCGGGACCCGACCCCGCCGCGCGCGCCUCACUCGCCGGCCCCCCCGCACCCCCGCAGGCGACGCCGCUCCCCGGGAACCACGUGCACAACGGCUGCGCCGCGGACCCCAAGGCGCGCAGGGAGCUCCCGCCACCUCCCCCGCCACCGCCUCUGCCCGAGGCCCUGAGCUCGCCGCCGCCCGCCCCGCCUCUGCCCCCGGAGGGCGCGGGCCCUGGCUGCGGGCAGCGCCGCUCCUCCUCGUCCACCGGCAAAUUGAGAGUCCUGAGACACAGGAAGAGCACCAAAUCUUUCAACAUGAUGUCCCCAACGGGUGACAACUCGGAGCUACUGGCUGAGAUUAAGGCAGGCAAAAGCCUGAAGCCAACACCACAGAGCAAGGGGCUGACUACAGUGUUCUCGGGCAGCGGGCAGCCAGCCUCCCAGGUAGGAGGCAGGCGAGAGCCCCGCUCCGGCUCCCCAUGCUUGCCCAGUGCCAGUGCUCAGCGCCGCUGCUUCUCCCCGCAGCCUGACUCUCCGCUGCCACCAGUGUCGCCCGUGCCAUCUCGGGCCCGGAGCCCCACCCCACCAGCGGCAGGCCCCCAGCCCCUGCUCAACGGCACUGUGGUGGUACCAGCACCGCCCACCACACCUGCUCCAGGCGUGCAGCUGGACGUGGAGGCACUCAUCCCCACGCAUGACGAGCAGGGCCGGCCCAUCCCUGAGUGGAAGCGCCAGGUGAUGGUGCGCAAGCUGCAGCUGAAGAUGCAGGAGGAGGAGGAGCAGAGGCGGAAGCUGAUGUCAGCCAGCCGGUGCUGCUACCCCCCGGAGGGCUGGAGGUACGUCCGCGAGCGCGACGCCAUCCUCGGGCCCUUCGGCGAGCUCAUGACUGAGACCGACAUCCUCCGCAUCGAGCAGCAAAUAGAGAACCUGCAGGUGCUGCACAAGGCGCAGAAGCUGGAGGCGCGCCUGGAGCAGCUGGAGCUGGAGCUGGAGCAGCUGCUGCCCAUCUCCGCCGCGCUCUCCGCGCCGCGCUUCACCGUAGACCCGCGCCGCAUGCAGGGCCGCGCCACCAGCCUGCCCGCCUGGUGCAGCAAGAUCUCCAAGCUGCUCAAAAGCAUGGCCUCGCUGCUGGGGGCGCUGGGCGGCCGGCCCGCACACCUGGCCGAGCUGCUGACCGCUGACACGGGCCAGCCGCUGGCGCCCCUGCCCGACGCGCCCUCCAGGCCUGGGCCUCUCUGCCUGGGCCGUUCACACUCGCUCAGCUGGUGCCGCGAGGCCGUGGCGCGCGAGAUCCUCGAGUGUGGCGUUUCCGUACGGCAUCUCCGUGCCUCCUACGAGCUACGCGCCCAGGGCGCAGAGCCCGCGCGUAUUCCACGUCACGUGUCCCCAUCACUGGCCAGCAGUCCAAACCGAGAGCCGGUCCUUGAAGAGGACUAUGUGGAGGUUGGGUCCAGUCAGCCCAAUGCUGCCGUCAGCAAGGGCUUGCUGGCCACCGAGGAGCCUGUGGGAACCCCGGAUGAUCCCGCAGAGGCUCAAGACAAUCAGGAGGCGGUGUCAGAGUCUGAGCAGAUGGCGUGCAGGCCGCCGCCGUCUGCCGACCUGCCCGGCGUGCAGGACUACAUUGACAUGCGCAAGGAGCGCAUCGUCUACCUCUUCCUGGAGCACUGGCGCAGGUGGACCUUUCGUGGCCCGGGGCGCCAUGCCCAGGCGCGCCUGCGCAGAUUGCUGCCUCGAGUGGUGGCUGCUGGUGCAGAUCCCAACCCCGAGAGCGAUGACCUUGCUUUCCAGCAGCCAGCAGGCGAAACUGAAGCCUGCAAGCCAGACCAGCGGCUGUUGCACCUGCUGAAGCAGCGGCAAGUGGUAGGCAAACUGCUGGGCCACUGGAGGAGCCUGCUUCGGCAGGUGCCCGCACACCAGUCCCAAGGCCUGCGCCUGGCACAUGGCCUGUACUGGCCUGAACACUUCCUCCCGCCCCUGGACAGCGGGGCGCCCCGGCGCUACGACAGCCUUACGCUGGACCUCUUCAUGCUUGGCUACUUCCAGCUGCUCGAGAUGGGUCUAAGCCGGGAGGAGCGCAAAUUCCGCCACCUUCUGUGCUAUGAGAUGUUUGACCGGCUGGGCAGCCACCCCUGGGAACUCAUCCGCCUCUUCCACCGCGUGGUGAUGGAGGAGGUGGAGGCCGGUCGGCGAAGCUGGAACGAUGGCUUCGAGGAUCUCAGAUGCCAGUUCUUUGGAGACAACCCAGAGGCUGAGCCGGCCCAGGAAGAGGUCAGAAAGGAAGAAGAGCAGGAGGAAGACGAGGAGGAGAAGGAAGAGGAGAAGACACAAGGGGAGGAAAAGGAAAGGGAGGAGGAGGGGCCCAGUGAAGAUGCUGCUCCAGCACACCUGGAGAAUGGACACAAUGGGCAGCCUGAGCCUGCAGGCCCUGAGCCACAGCCCCCACCUGCCGCACCACCCCCAACCUCAAUCUCAGGCCUGCCUCCCUCUGAGGCCCCUGCGGAGGACUCCUUGGAGUUGGUGUCUGAGAUGGGCGAGUUCAGCAACGAAGACAUCUGCCGAUACAUCGACCGCAGCUUCUCCUUCUGGAAGGAGAAGGAAGCAGAGCUGUUUGACAUCUGAGCUGGUGAAUCCAGAGUUAGCCCUCAAGCAUCUUAAUCCUUGGGUGCCUGGCUUGAGCCCUGCAGAGGCCAGAAGUGUGCAGAAAAAGCCCAAUGUGAAAGGCCACAUGCACAGGUCCCCUGGAGGCAGGAUAGGGGGCAUUGGCCCAGCUAGAAGGCCAUGGCCAUGGCCUGGCUGGGAUGUGUGUGGGGUCAGGUGGCAGAGCUGAGCAGCCUCUUGGAGUGAAGCACAGUGGGCAGCCUUGUGGUGGUGUAGUGCUGUCCCUGUCUCUGGUCGUUCACUGGAACCUGUGGCUACCUCCUUGUCCACCUGUUCAGGUUUGCGCAUGUGUGAUAUGUAUAGACCCUUCCUCUUCUGUAACAUCCAAGGAAUAAAACA